AUGAAGUUCCACAUGAGAUUGAAGUGUCAAACGAUAGUGGUAUUGUGUUACGCUGUUCUAUCAACAGCUGAUCAAGAAUAUGACAAUAAAGUAACGAAAGUUUGGUCCUUGUCCCGUGUUUCCGACAAAGAUGAUACAGCAGUUGUAAAUGUGACCAGUGCCUCAAUAGUGAUACCUUCAAGCUACAGUAACGACCCAGGCAUAACAAGGACGGCGAGAAUCUCACAAAAUUUCAAGCCGUACGUUUUUCGACCCCGUGCAGUACCUUUAAAGAAACUAGAACAACCACCACAGGAAAAGAGUGUGUAUUAUACCCAUGACAACAAGUAUAAAACGGAGAUACUUUUCCCUGGUAAUUAUUUUGCAAUUCCCAAAGAGAAAAGUGUUGACAGUGCAAGAGGUAACUCUUACAACCCUCUUAGUGGUGGACCGUUCGAACCGAAAGCCAUUCCCUUAAUUAGAGACCAGGGUUUUGGUAAAAGAUCACUAGAUGUGAGCUUAGAACCAGCAGAAGAUGAUUCUGAACAGAGUUCAGAUGAAAGCCCAGAACAACAGGCUACUAGAAGAUCAUUAUCAUAUAUCUUAGGGGCUGAAGAAGACGAAGACCUUGAUGAUGAAGAUGGAGAGUAUGAAGAAGAGGAAGAAGACCCUGAAUCAAAGAAAGGAGGUUAUAACAUCAAGAAAAAGAUUAAGAAGAAGGCAAGAAAAGUUAAAAAGUACUCCAAAUAUAUGAUGCCGUUACUCCUUGCGUACAAAUUGAAAUAUUUUGCUUUGAUACCGCUCAUGAUUGGAGGUUUAGUUUUACUGGUAGGAGCGACUGGACUUGCUGGAUUCUUCUUUGCACUGUUCGCAGCAGUGAUGGGCUUACAAAAGGGAGGCUAC